CAAAUAGCAGCGCCUGGUCCCGUCCCGGACUCCUGCCCGGCUCCAGCCCCAGCCCCAGCCCCAGCCGCCGCCUCGCGCCCACCGCCUCCACCGCCACCAUGAGCCACUUCUCGUCCAGCCAGCGGGUCUCCUCGUACCGCCGCGCCUUCGGCGGGAGCUCCCCGUCCUUCCCGCGCGCCUCCUUCGGCAGCGCCGGCUCCAGCAGCUCCUUGUCGUCCCGCGUCUACCAGGUGUCACGCAGCUCAGGCGCGCCCGGCAUGACGGUGCUGCGGACGUCCCGCACGAUGCCGGGGCUGCGGUCCUCGGCCUACGCCGGCUCGGGCGAGCUGCUGGACUUCAGCCUGGCGGACGCCAUGAACCAGGAGUUCCUGACCACCCGCACCAACGAGAAGGUCGAGCUUCAGGAGCUGAACGACCGCUUCGCCAGCUACAUCGAGAAGGUGCGGUUCCUGGAGCAGCAGAACGCGCUCAUGGUGGCCGAGGUGGAGCGGCUGCGGGGCAAGGAGCCCACGCGCGUGGCGCUGCUCUACGAGGAGGAGCUGCGCGACCUGCGCCGCCAGAUCGACGUGCUCACCGGGCAGCGCGCCCGCGUCGAUGUCGAGCGUGACAACCUCCUUGAUGACCUGCAGAAGCUCAAGCAGAGGCUGCAGGAGGAGAUCCAGCUGAAGGAGGAGGCGGAGAACAACUUGGCUGCUUUCCGCGCUGACGUGGACGCAGCCACGCUGGCGCGCAUUGACUUGGAGAGACGCAUCGAGUCGCUGCAGGAGGAGAUCGCCUUCCUCAAGAAGGUGCAUGAGGAGGAAAUCCGGGAGCUGCAGGCGCAGAUGCAGGAGCAGCAGAUCCAGGUGGAGAUGGACGUGUCCAAGCCGGACCUGACGGCCGCGCUGCGCGACAUCCGUGCCCAGUACGAGACCAUCGCCGCCAAGAACAUCUCCGAGGCCGAGGAGUGGUACAAGUCCAAGGUGUCCGACCUGACGCAGGCGGCCAACAAGAACAACGAUGCGCUGCGCCAGGCUAAGCAGGAGAUGAUGGAGUUCAGGCACCAGAUCCAGUCCUACACCUGCGAGAUCGACUCGCUCAAGGGCACGAACGACUCGCUGCUGCGGCAGGUGCGGGAGGGGGAGGUG